AUUUAUCUUUUUAUCUCACGGUAAAAUAGUGACUCUAACAUAGUAUUAACCAAAAACAAAUAUAGCCUAUCAUUAAAGAUCUGUUGAGUGUGCCAGUGAAAACUUUAUCAGAAAGGUCUUUACCAUCAUUAUGCAUCUGUUAAAUCAUUCAUUCAUUCAUUCAUUCAUUCAUUCAUUUUUAUUGAGAUCAUAGUUUGUAAAUCAGCGUUCAACCUGCAAACACAAAAUGUGGGCUUAAUCUAGACAUAUCAUAAAGUUUCCCAACUGGAAUUUCUAUGUGCCGUUCAUUAUUUCUGAAUAUUAGAGGAUGUGAACUUUUGUCUUCGUCCACAGCUGUCCCUAGGUCAUGACCUCAAACUGCAUUCCAACCCCCCCCCCACACACACACACUCUAUCUAAUACAGCAAAAACAUCUCAAACGCACAUACAUUGUAACAAAUAACAUUCCGUAAUUUUGCCAGUAACACAAAUAUAUACCUCACUUAAAUAAAUUAGCCUGAUAGAUAAUUCAAGAAUAAUAACAGCACAAUAUCAUAACAAAAAACAAAAGGAUGCAUUUAAGAAUUGCCGGUGGUGUUAAAUUUAUUUGUUUGAAGUAUAUCGCGGGCUUAACGCAAUGCAGCACUUCAGCUCCGAGCAUAUACAGUUUCGUCAGGCAGCACAGCUUCAGGUACGACCUUGACUCAAGGUCGCAGAUAGACUCAAUGACAUCGAGAACACCGGCAGUCUGCAUGAUACUUCUUCCGCCGACUCCCCUGCCUUCGAUAAUGAAUAUGGAACCAUACCGGAUCCUUGUGCCCUAAGUAAUUACUAUUAGGAAACUUACAUUUUCUAUUAGUUUUGCAUGUCCGUAAAAGCAGCGCUUUAGGCUACGCUCCCUAGACGUGCAGCAGCACUGACGCAUCUGUUCAUGUUCUUUCCGAAACUGGACAGGUAAACCUCCCUUCCACAAUUCCUUCAAUACCGCAGCGGUAUAGGGGAUUUCAGUCGUGGGUGGACGUAACGGAGAACCUGUAGACGCAAAGGGGAGAGGGAGGAGAAUCGGCAAGGGGUGUACGCAGAACUAUUGCUGGUAGUAUUAACGGAAGACGAGAAGAGACUCCGCCAAGGACUGGAGUUUUUAGGCACGUUAAGAAGUUGUCUGAGUGAAUCAUUUGGUCCGAGUAUUGUGUCUGUGAAGACCGGAUUUCUGAUGAGCAGACCACACUGAGGUUAAUAGAAUAAAGUGACACCUUUCGAAAAGGAGAGGAAGCACCAGGGAGCAGGAGGAGAGAGACCCAUCCACAAAGGUCCUUUGCCUUAAAUCCGAUCCAUCGCAGUCACCAUGUCUUCCCGGGACCGGCGCACUGAUCUGUACAUUAAGGCUGAGCCCAGCAGUCCUGAGGGAGGUGGAGGUGGAGGUGGAGGUGGACGGGCCAGCCCGGGGGGGGCUUCCUCUGACUCCUCCCAGAGCACCGGGGGAGGCAAUGGAGUUGGGAGCGCCGGCCGCUACUCCCCGCCGCUCUACACACCGCCCUUGCGCUGCCAUUUCAAGGAGGAAGGUCUCGGGGAGGAGGGCUCCACGGGGGGCGGGGGUGGGCGGUGCAAGUACACACUGAGCACGCUCCCUAAGCGGCUGUGCCUGGUGUGUGGAGACGUGGCAUCUGGCUACCACUACGGCGUGGCGUCCUGUGAGGCCUGCAAGGCCUUCUUCAAGCGCACUAUCCAGGGUAACAUUGAGUACAGCUGCCCGGCGUCCAACGAGUGUGAAAUCACCAAGAGGCGCAGGAAGGCGUGUCAGGCCUGCCGCUUCACCAAGUGCCUGAAAGUGGGCAUGCUGAAGGAGGGAGUUCGUCUAGACCGAGUCAGAGGAGGAAGACAAAAGUAUAAAAGACGGCCAGAGGUGGAGAGCGCCACCUACCAAAGCCCGGCCUCCCUGCACUUACGGAAAGAGGGUAACAAAGGCUCCUCGAAUGUUAUCGUGUCCCACCUGCUGGUGGCAGAGCCGGAGAAGCUGUUCGCCAUGCCAGACCCCCUGCAGCCGGACACGGCUCUACGGACCCUCACCUCCCUGUGCGACCUGGCUGACCGCGAACUGGUCGUCAUCAUCGGUUGGGCCAAACACAUCCCAGGCUUCCUGUCUCUGUCACUGGCAGACCAGAUGUCAGUGCUCCAGUCGGUGUGGUUGGAGGUGCUGGUCCUGGGUGUGGCUUACCGCUCACUCGGGUACGAGGACGAGGUGGUGUUUGCAGAGGACUUCGUCCUGGAUGAGGAGUCGUCCCGACUAGCUGGGCUGAGCGAUCUCAAUACCGCCAUCAGUCAGCUGGCCCGGCGGUACAGGGCGCUGGAACUGGAUAGGGAGGAAUUUGUCAUGCUGAAGGCCAUUGCGCUCACCAACUCAGAUUCGGUGUACAUCGAGGACAUGGAGGCCGUGCAGAAGCUGCGAGACCUUCUUCACCAGGCCCUGCUGGAGCUGGAGAGCCAGCGGCGGCCGGACGACCCGCGCCGAGCCGGGAGGCUUCUGCUCACCCUGCCCCUACUCCGGCAGACUGCCGCCCGCGCCCUCUCCACCUUCUACAGCAUCAAGAGCCGCGGCGGCGUGCCCAUGCACAAGCUCUUCCUGGAGAUGCUGGAGGCUAUGAUGGAUUCUCCGUAGGGUUUGGGGAGGGGAUAGUGAGGGACGGCAGAGAAAAGCAUGGAGGCGGACGAGGGUGUAUUUCUUUGCGGCGCGUAGCGCGAACAACCCGGCAGGUUAGCUUGUCCUGGGAGGCAGAAUGAGAGACGUUGCAUGAUGCUGCUGCGCCUGGGUGGAACUGAAAGCAGAAGGUGAUGGAUGUUUUAGCUUUAGAGACUGGGUGAUUCUGAGAGGCACUUACUGGCCUGCUGGAAAUCUGAAUAGGAAACCUGUAAGCUGAUAGUUUGAGACAGGAGUGGGGGAGGAGGACCGGAUAUUAUUUAUGCAGAAACACCAGCGUUCGUCAUAUAAAACGUUUUUUUGUAGGUUUUUGAGUGAAUCGUACAUGUGAACGUAACUAUUAGUAUUGUCUGGACUAGAGCAAAUAAUUCACCAAAUUCAGUUCCACACAGAUACACUAGGCUGUAUUUGUAUAUUUAUGCUAACUGUAUCUAAUUAUAUUUGCAUUUAAAGUGCAUUUUUAUUUGACCCUGCCCUAAGCCAUAUACUAUAUCAGUAUCAUUGUGGCUAGAUUAGAUCUGAGUCUUUAAAUACAUCACAGAUGAAGGGUUAACCCCUCUUCUUGGUUAUAAAGAAGUUUCAUAGUAACAGUAGUUAUAAGACCUAAUAUUGCACAUAAUGUGAUUUAAUUCCAUGUAGAGUAGGUUGCGGGGGAUUUUACUGUAAACUGACAAUACACUGUUUAAAUUCCUCUUAAGAGACUUUUAAAAUGACUGUUGACUGUUUUCAUGAAUUAUUGGAAAUGUAUUUUAGCAAUAGAUGAAUUCCUUAACCCACAUCUGCGCGGGUUUCAUGCUGCCAGUGUUUUACAUUGUCAGACACCUGGAGUCGCAUUUGUGAGAAAAAUAAGUUCAGGAAAGCUGCAGACAGUAGUAAUUAGUUUUUCUUCGUAGAUCUUCCUACCCCUUGACUUCUUUCUGCAGUAAAUGUGGGAAGUAACAGUUUGUCCUAAAACAGGACAAUCAUAAAAUUACAUCCGUAAAAAUUAUAUUGAAUCUUCUGGAUAUCAGGGACAAGCCCCAUGCUGUGAAGCACCGGUUCUAGUCUGUGAUGAAAGACUGCAGUUCUUUGAAGUAAAACAAAAGCCAGUCAAAGACUUACUGGAGAACAGGAGACACACAAGCUCAAGUUUGCAUCUGCGUCUGCUGGUGAACACAACUACCCAUCAUCCGCUUAAGCGCACUGCGCAGGAAGCUUGCUUACUGGGAAGCACGUUCCAGUGAACGCCACAAGUGGGAUAUUGAACUGGAUUAGAACUCUGCUGUGUUUAUCCGAAGUAGUGCUACAAAAUAUAUCCGGAAGAGUUCAAGAUGUUUAAGGUUGUGACAUAUUCAUGGCGAAGCAGAGCAAAAGAGGAUACUGAAGCUCUGAAUACUCCACCAUUGAGAGGGAUGUUUCAGAAGCACUUCAGAAAUCACUUGGUAGGUAAUAAUGUAACAUUAUCUACAAUCAUCUUACUGUACAAUAAUGCUUGAGCCUGCAGAAUUUAAUAAUAGCAGUUAAAAGUGUACUAUGUAAAAUGAGCUAGAAAAGCAAAUGAUGAACAUGAUCUCCCAUAAUUAACAAUGAACAGAUGUCCGUGUUUAUGAUUGUGUGUCACUGGGAUUUAGUCCCACACACGCAAAGGACUGUUUUCAUUUACAAAUAAAACCACUUGCAUACAGAGACAAAGCGUAUGAACAGCACAUUUGGGGCUAGACUCCGUAUUAAAGUGGAACACUGUGUACCAAUGAAUAUAAGAAAGGAAUGCUAAAGAUUAUCGGAAGAGUAAACAUGACCCAAACAAGAGUGACAAAUGUCAGGAGAUGCAGUCAGUGACCACUAGCAUUUAUAUUGGCAAAGAAGCAAAGAAAAUGAAGAUUGUAACAGUUAGGCUAAAACAAUCUUAUUUCACAAAGAAAAAGCCAGACACCAGAAAACAAAGCCAUAGUAAAAGUACGAUCCUUACUCACUUCUCACUGAAGCAAUGCUGAUGCUUGCCAACAUGAAUAAUGGCAGAAAGUUUUCAACUGUGGAGGUAAAAUUCGUAACGUCUAACUAUUCUGGUGCUUCAGCAACAUUUAAUUUUGCAUGCAGAAUUUUUUAUGCUCUCUGAAUAGCCUAUUUUUCAAUUCUGUGUAUUUCAGUUGACUUCUGUUGAGUCUUGGUUUUGAAAAUGUGUCUGGAAUUGACCGGGGCUUGAGUAUGUUUGGAAUUGCAUUAUUCACAGGCAUUAACUAAGGGUGUGAAUGUAAUUUUCAGUAGAGUAUUUUAACUUUUAAGUGUAUCUGAUUUUAUCAGCUUGAUUUUUUUAACAAAUAGCAUUUAUCCUACAUUUUUAUAAUGUUUUUUUUUUUUACUUAUAAACCAGGGAUCUGUUAAGCUUGAAUUAAUUUUACUUUUUGAUAUGGAUAUUUCUUAGUCACUGUGUAAUGAGCCAUCUAGUGGCUGGAUGAAGUACAGCAACCUUCAGGUACAGAAAAAGGAAUAUUCUGUCUCUGUACAGCACAGCAGUGACCUAUAUGGACUAAGCUUUAAUGCAUGGUCCAGUGUGAUUAUGCUAUAGUGCAGUAGUUUAGCUGAACUGCAUGGCAUCAUAGAGCCAUGAGUAUUGUUCAUUCUUUAAUGGCUUAUGGUGCACAAAGGUCAUUAGAAACAACAGAUGUAAUUCUGUUUUUUUCAAAAUGAACACAUUUGCUAAAUCAUAUCACCACACCUGGUGGCCAAAGUUGGAAAUGCAUAUUCAAAGAAUAACAUUUAUUGUAUAUUUACCUGUUUCAAAUUAUACACUUGAACAGGAUCCUUAGAUGAAUUCCACUGAAAUUUAUAUACCACUCAAAUCAAUGUCAUUGUCAUUUUUUAACUGUGAAUAAACAAAUAUAUAGUGUACAGUGGCAUACAGUCUGUUAGAAGGUUGAUAUUUUUAACCCUAACACAGCUUGUAAAGGGUAUCAAGUAGAAAGUGGUUUGAGUCAACCUAUUCACAUAAGUAUUUGUGUAAGAGCAACAUGAAUAAUCAAAACCAAUGGCAAUUUUACAAAAUUCAAUGUACAUUCACUGUAAAAUUAAUCAUGACACACACACACAUAUAAAUGUGUUUGUGUGUUUGUAUGUAUAUAUAUAUAUAUAUACACACACACACAAACUUAUGAAAGGGUGAUGGAAGAAGACAUUUGUUUUAAUGUAUCAACUGAAAGUGUUUUAAUUUUUUUUUCUAAGCUGAAAUAAAGACAUUUUUCCAAUGUUUUAAAAGUAAAAAUGCUUUUUUUGUGUUUGUGCGUUGAAAGUGUCUCGUGUUAUAGUUCUUUUGAACUGUUCAGAGUUGUUAGCUGGUCACUUUAAAAUCACUGUGUAGGAACACAAAUAUGAACUAGUCUAAACUACAUUGUUUUGUAAUAAAACAUGCAGAAUGAUAUGGC